AUGACAUCUCAGCAAGAACAACCUUUCGACCUCAUGCAAGAUAGCGACGACGAUGCCAUGCAACUCGGUAGUGGUGGUGGCGGUGUUCCCAUGACCGACUUGACAGCUGCUAUGGAUCCUUUUGCCGGUAUUCUGGAUGCUGAGUCCACUGAUCCGACAUUCGAUGUUGUGGGUCCUCAAUCAACGGCACCUCCUGCACCAACUACAUCAGCCUUACCCGUAUCAACGUCGACGAGUGGUGGUGCAUUGACGGGUGUCUAUUCAAGCUCUGGUUUUGACAUGAUUGGUAUCCUUUCUCGAGUCGUCAACAGACCCAAUCCACUUAUCAACCUUGGACCUAUUGACAUGUCAUGCUCCUUUCUUGUCACGGAUGCUCGACAAUUUGAUUGUCCUAUCGUUUAUUGCUCUCCCAACUUUGAAACAUUGACAGGCUACAAAAGUGAUGAGAUCUUGGGUCGCAAUUGUCGUUUUCUUCAAGCACCAGAUGGUUUGGUCACCGAGGGAUCAAGGCGUCAACAUACGGAUAAUCUUGCAGUGUAUCAUCUCAAGUCAUACCUCUUGCAAGCCAAAGAGCAUCAAGCGAGCAUUAUCAACUACAAAAAGGGUGGCCAGCCAUUCGUCAACUUGGUCACGGUGAUCCCUGUUCCAGAUGAUAGCAAUGAAACGGCAUUCUUUGUGGGUCUUCAGAUUGACUUGGUGGAGCAGCCCAAUGCUAUCCUUGAAAAGAUGAAAAACAACACCUACAUGAUCAAUUAUCAGCAAAUCAACAUCCCACCCUAUAUCCCUUCACAAGGAGUCGCUACGGAUCCUGUGGAUGAAUACUUUUACGAGUUACCCAGCAGCGCCCCUAUCACGUCCAUUACACGACCCGAGGUUUUACGUUUGAUUGCAUGCACAGGCGACAAUGAGCAGCAAGUACAACAAGAAUGGAAUCGACUUUUAUUGGAUCAAUCGCGUGAUUUCAUCCAUGUCUUAUCGCUCAAGGGCUUCUUUUUGUAUUCGUCUCGAUCAUGCUCCAAGCUACUUGAAUAUGAUCCUGAAGAGUUGGUGGGUCAUUCACUUGGUUCAAUAUGCCAUCCAUCCGACAUUGUACCGGUGAUGCGUGAUAUCAAGGAUGCCGUAUCCUCGGGUGACCAAAACAAGGUGAUCAGUCUUUUAUACCGUGUACGACGCAAGUACUCUGGCUACAUGUGGUUCGAGUGCAAAGGCAAGAUUCAUAUGGAUGUCAACAAGGGUCGCAAGUGUUUGAUUUUGGCGGGUCGUGAACGCUCCGUUUACCAUCUCGAUCGCAAGGAAGUGGCCAACGCCAAUGCCACUGCCAUACCCGAAGUGAUUGUUGCUGAUCCAUUGACGUCUGAGUUUUGGUGCAAGAUGUCUUUGGAGGGCCUUUUCUUGCGAGUGACCAAACCAGUGGAAGCUGUACUUGGAUAUACACCCAAAUCGCUUCAAGGAUCCAGCGUCUAUCGCUUUGCUGGCGACAGCAAUAUUCCAGAUAUUUCACGUGCAUUAGGCUUGGUGAGCCGAUGUGAAAUUGUGAACCUCACACACACCAUACGCAAUACCCGUGGCCAAUACGUCCAAGUCGUCUCCACAUUUUACCCUGGCAAUGUUUCUUCUGGUGUGGGCAAAGCUGAUUUUGCAUUGGUGCAGAUGCGAUUGGCCAAUAAUGAUGAUACCAAACGAGGUGCUGGUGAGCAAGUGAUUGGAGAAGGAAACCUCUUUGCAGAGCUGGAGACCGUUCGAAGUACCAGUUGGCAAUAUGAAAUGCAUCAACUUGAGCAAGCCAAUGCUAAGCUACGUGCUGAGAUUGAAGAACUCGAAUCAGGCAACAAUGAUAAAAAGAGAAAAAAGAAGGUAGUGGCCUCAACAACUGAAGAGAAUCCAAAGAUUUGUGCGCAUUGUCAUCGAAAGGAUUCACCUGAAUGGAGACGUGGUCCCAACGGUCCUAAGGAGCUUUGCAAUGCUUGUGGAUUGAAAUACGCCAAGGCUAUGGCAGCCGCAUCCAAGCGACAACAAGAAGAUCCAUCAUCGUCCAAUGUCGGCCUUGUUGGGUCCGGGGAAGGGGAGCAUUAG